AUGGCCGAUGAAAACGUUGCGGGGGGUUCCCGGUCGCCAGGCCCGGCGCCGAGUGCAUCUAACAAGGCGACAACGUCAGGCUUCAGCGCCACCUCAGCCCCGGCCCCCAGCCAGGGCCUCCGUCGGUCCUUCACUCUUGAUGAGACGCGACGAAGGCCGCCUCGGAUGCAGUCGCCCGUGAGUGAUGCGUCGCUCCCUGGAAUCCCUCGUCGCAGGAGCUCCAAUUUCACCGAGUAUAGUCUUGGAGAGGCACGCGACAUCCUCAAUCCUCGAGCAAAAGAGAGUGGAGAGCUCCCGUCAACCGAGUCAUCCUCUCUGGCCUCAGCAUCAUUAGCUUUUGCCCUGCUCCCUGCACUCGCAGGCGCCGUAUUCAAAAAUGGUAGCGCUAUAGCCACCGAUCUGAUGUUACUCGGCCUCGCUGGCGUGUUUCUUCACUGGUCCGUCACACAGCCAUGGGCUUGGUAUCAUUCGGCACAGGAAGUCCGGGUCCAGCAUGAAGUGAACGGUGAAUCCGCCUUGGAUGACGAGAGUGGCGAUGAGUUCGAGGGCGAUGAUCCUUUAGGCCGGAGCAGCACUUCUCUUGAGGAUGUUCCCGAGGAUGACUCAGUAUCUCCGAUCAAUGAAACCCAGGUAGAACCACGCAAAUCAACUUCGCGACAGAGGUCUGCACUUCGGGAGCUGUACAGAUAUGAAGUAAUGGCCCUGAUUGGUUGCUUCAUCCUCCCCAUCGCGAGUGCAUACUUGCUACACACCAUACGGGCGCAGCUAAGCCGCCCCUCUGAAGGUUUAGUAUCCAACUAUAACCUUACGAUCUUCACUCUGGUGUCCGAGCUGCGUGUCUUUUCUCACAUGUUUAAGCUUGUCCAGUCUCGGACACUUCAUCUCCAGCGGAUCGUCCACGAUAACCCCAAUGGGUCCCAUUCCAUAAACAACAGAAAUUUGAAUGACAUUUCUGAGAGGUUAACAAGACUCGAGGCACGUUUUGAAACCGAGGAACGUGUGCCACAAAAACAGCAAGAUGUGGACUCCGUGGCAAUGGCUGCUAUCUCCCGAGAUGUACGCAAUGCUAUUCAGCCUGAACUGGAUGCUCUAAACCGCGCGGUACGCCGUUAUGAAAAGAAGGCAACUGUGCUUCAAUUCCAGACAGAUUCCCGCUUCUCAAUGCUGGAGUCUAAAAUGGAUGAUGCCAUUGCGCUUGCUGCAGCUGCAGCUAAGAACAGCGCAGCACACAACAAUGUCCUCAUAUGGAUAUUCGAGUCCAUCGCCGGCCUAAUUUUAAUACCAAUCAAUGCUAUCCUGCAUGUUUUGUUACUUCCUAUUCGAUCUUUUCUCAACCUGACCUCACGAAAAAGAGAGAAACCUGUUUCACUGAAAGCAUCACGAGCAACCAAAGGCAACAGCAACAAAGCCUCUGCUCAGGCGAGAUAUAGUGGUGACCGGGUGCCCACUAGAGUAUCCAAGAGAUAA